ACUUAUAUAUAUAAAUAUUAUCUCAUCAUUUUGAAACGAAAAAUGUCCCUAGCAUUUGGCGCGUAAAUAAAUAUCGCGCCAAAUCAAUUAAUUAUGGCGUCAAGUGAAUGUGAAUAGUUGGUGCAGUGUAUCUUCUUAUGAAAAUUUUAUAAUUUUCUUGUUUAAUGCAUGCAAAAAUUUUUUAGAUAUAUUGUCUAAUACGUAUUCAAUUAAUUAUAUGUAAUAUUUUUAUAAACAAAUAUGGAUCAGGACAAUUGUUCAGUGACAUGUUCCGUUGUAAUCGAAUGGACUAAUUCACAAGGUUCGAUUGUAAAGAAAACAAAUCAUCGAUCAGCAACUUUACGCUUAAUUCGAAACAAUUUUCGUGAAAUUUAUAUCGAAAUACGUGCAGAGAAAGCAAACACAACCACGAAAUUAUCGCUAAUAUCUAUAUCGGUUUUUAAUAAAUUUAUGACCGAAGGAAAAGCUUCUAUUAAAUUUAAAAAAGAAAAUUGUACACUAUUUUUAUCGAAUGCACCGACAACUCAAUUAAUCAAUUUUUUGAAAAUGAUAUACAUCAAGAUCUUGGAUCAAGAAGAUAAAGUGAAAAAUCCAGUAAAAGAAAAAUUACUUUCUAAUAAAUCGUUCGUUGGUUAUCAAGAAAUUAGUCCCGCUACAAGUACCGAAACGAAUAGAGCUAAAGAGAAGGCUCUCGUUGUAUCACGUGCAACAAUUACGACACCAUCCCCUAGCGCUGUUAAAAAAAGAAAACGGAUCGAUGAAAAUGAAAAUACAUUGAAACCAUCUACUAAGAAGAAACUCUACGAAAAUCCAACAAUAGAACAAGUUACGGAAGAACAGAAUAGAAUCUUGGAUGCAGUACUUCGUGGUAAAAAUAUAUUUUUUACUGGCAGUGCAGGUACUGGAAAGUCUUUCUUAUUGAGAAAAAUAAUAGCGGCUCUUCCUCCUGACGUCACGAUUGCUACAGCAAGUACCGGAGUAGCGGCAUGUCAUAUAGGCGGAAUAACUUUACAUCAAUUCGCUGGAAUUGGAUUAGGAACCGCAAAUUCGGAAAGAUGUUUUGAAAUGGCUUCUCGUAGUUCCUCUGCUGCUUUAUGGAGAAAAACGAAACAUUUAAUCAUAGAUGAAAUUUCUAUGGUAGAUGGGGAUUAUUUUGAUAAGAUUGAAGCUGUUGCUAGACAUAUUCGUAAAAAUGAAAGACCUUUUGGUGGAAUACAAUUGAUAUUAUGUGGAGAUUUUUUCCAAUUACCACCAGUUUCAAAGAAAGAUAAAAAAGCAAAAUUUUGUUUUCAAAGUAAUGCAUGGACAAAAUGUAUACAUUUCAAUUAUGAAUUACAAACUGUUUACAGACAAAAAGAUCCUGAGUUUAUCAAAAUUUUAAAUAAUAUUAGAAUAGGUAGAGUGACAGAUGAUAUUGCAAAAAUCCUUAAGGCAACAGCUAAACAAAAAAUAGAGAAUAAUGGUAUUUUAGCAACAAGACUUUGUUCUCAUGUAAAUGAAGUUGAAGAAAUUAAUGAAUUUCAAUUAAAUGAAUUAAAAGGUGAAUCUAAAACUUAUAUAGCACAAGAUUCUGAUCAAUCAAUGACUAAAAUAUUGAAUCAACAAUUGACUGUUCCUGAUAAAUUAAUAUUAAAAAUAGGUGCUCAAGUAAUGUUGUUAAAAAAUAUAAAUGUUUCUAAUGGAUUAGUGAAUGGAGCAAGAGGGGUAGUUAUUAAGUUUGCAGAUAAUAUUCCAAUAGUGCAAUUUAAAUCAGGUAUUCAAUAUCAUGCAAAACUCGAAAAAUGGAAUUUAAGAACAAAUAUAGGAACUAUUGUUCAUAGAAAACAAAUUCCAUUAAAAUUAGCAUGGGCUUUUUCCAUUCAUAAAAGUCAAGGUUUAACUCUAGAUUGUGUUGAAAUGUGUCUUGCAAGAGUAUUUGAUGCUGGUCAGUCAUAUGUAGCUCUUUCAAGAGCACAAAGUUUGCAAUCUUUAAGAGUUUUAGAAUUUAAUAAUCAACAAGUAUGGGCUCAUUCUGAUGUACUUAUGUUUUAUAAAAAAUUUAGAAGAAAUUUACAAGAAAUGGAAAUAAUUCCUGUAGGAAAAAAGCAAAAAAUAUAA